GAAUGCAGUCACUGAGGGUAAGAGAUAUGAAGAGCUGCUAGAGAAAGGAGAGCGAGAAAGAGAGAGAGAGAGACACAGUGAGAGAGAGCAAGUGAGAGAGGGAGCGAGAGAGAGAACUGUCACGGAGGGUGAGAGGAGAGAAGGAGAGAGAGGGGGAGUGAAAGAGACUCACAGAAGCUAACUGUAUCAAAGCUGGAUGGUCUUAUUUGCACUGCUGUUGCCUGUACCAAUGAAGAGAUACUUCUUCACUCACCACAGGAAGAUAGUUAGUGAGGUGAGAGGCUGUUUAGAGGGAGACGCCCACUGAUGCGCCAGUGAUGCUGUGCCAAAGAACAAGCCCUUCGCCAGACCCUUCUUUCACCCAAAAGGCCCAUGUGACCUAGUGCGACCACACCCGGGGGAGCGCAGGCGUCUGCCGGGACACGCAGAUGAGUUCUGCUCCGGACCGCGCCAAAGAAUGUCUCCCUCCCAAGAAGAGGGAGUCCAGGCAGGGCUCGUCUGAGCGGCCCCCCGCCGAUGACUUCAAGCCGCCCGCCCCCCUCAGGACCCGGCCCGGGGGAAGGCAGCCGGAGGGCAAGGAGCUGGGCGAUGGGCCACCCCCCAUUCCACGCUACGGCAGGGACCUCCUCCCUCCACCGCCCCUGCCACCGCCUCUCCCGACCCACAAGUUUGCCCUGCCCUGGCCCCUGUCUUAUCCACCGCCAACACCAGGCCCCUUCUCCAGCCAGAUGGGGGAAAGGUGCAGUCCAAGUUCACCUGCAUGGAGAGACCAGUGUGCCAGGGGUGUGGACCCUGCCGACCAGGCCACCCCCCACCACUCCCGGUGGCAGCGCGGAGAGGCGUCUCACAGCCCCUACAAGAGCCACUUCCCCACUGACUCCCGGGAAAUGUGGAGCUACUACAAUCCAGGAAAGCACAACUUCAGCCCCUCCCUCUUCCCCCACACCCACCUCUUCCCCCAGCCGCCGCUGUACCCAAAGGAGCCCCCAGACCCGAGGAGGAGCUACCCGACUAAGAGGCCCAACGGCUUCGACAGGAUGGACGGCCGGCACCUGCCUCCUGGGCGGCUGCCAUCGGCUGCGGAGGACUACCUGUAUGACACCAAGGUAAAACAGAGCACUUCCUCUCACACUAACGGGAAGAGGAGAUACCAGGAUGAGCGGUUGAUGAGCGGGGCUGCAUUAAAAGACAGCCACGGGCUGGAGGGCCCCAGCACACAUUCCUCCCAGCAGGAUAAGGGUCCUCGGGCCGCACUCAAAGCUCCCAGCACCUCUGACGCACGGACCUUCAAAGUUCCACUGGAUGCCCUGAGCAUGGCGGGUUCUCCUGGGGAGGCUCAUAUCUAUUAUGCACUGGGGCCUAUGUACUCUGGCCUGCAGCAGCCACCGCUAGCAUAUCCACUGUACAGUGCCCACAACCAGGCCCCUGUUCUCCCUCUCUAUGGGCUGCAGACAGACACAUCCCAUCCCCUGAGAAACUCACAGCUGUCCCCAUUGGUGGAGGCAAUCAGCCGUCACAACAGUCACAGCCCAGAUCAAAGCCCUGUCCCCAAACCCCAGAGUCACUCCAGCACCUCCCCCGGAGGCUACCGCCCGCACAGCACGCCCAUGGCAGCCGCCCACCACAGCGGGGCCUCCACCAGCUCCCCUCCAGCCACCCAGCCCUCCAUCCUCCUACCUCACUUCGCCAGAGGCUCCCUGAUCGAGCUGAGUGGCGGGCGGCUGAAGCGGGUGGAAGAUCUGCAGACGGAGGACUUCCUAUUAUGUGCCGACACCAGCCCAGAGUUCCACCUGAGCUCCUGCACCAUCCUGCUCAUCUCUCCAUCCAAUGCCUCCGGCUUUUCUCACCUGCAGGUCCUGCUCACGGACUGCAACACUCAGGAGUUACUGAAAGUCUUAGUGGAAUACCCGUUCUUUGUCCGCGACCGAGGCUGGUCUUCGUGCUGCCCACAGAGAACUGCCCAGCUGUAUGGGCUCCGGUGCCGGCAGCUCAGCGUGGGAGACGUGUGCCUGGCACUCACGCCCGCACCGUCCGCCCUGCCCUCUGCCACCCUACCCCGCAACCACACCCGAGAGGGGGAGACAGGACGGUCACACAACAGAGCGGGGUAUGAGAGCAGUACGCAGAGGGCACAGAAGACGGCACCCCUCGCCCCUGCUCCACUUCCACCUCCACCUCCGGCACAUGCACCUCCCCCGGGGGAGCUCACACAGAGGCGCAAGAGGCGCUGGUCGGCACCCGAGCUUCUAGGGGCCGACAGGACCCCCCCAGAUUUACCUCAAAGCUCCAAGCACGGGAAGCAACAGUAGCCCUCCCCCCAUCAGCUCCUCAUGGGUAGAGGUUUAGGCCAUGCACUUUCUCCUUCACACCCGCACAGCGCCGAGGGGAGAGGAGGAUGGAGCUCAGGGUCAGCAGUACCUCGGCCUGUCAGCUUUCAAGCGGAAGACUAUCAGAGACAUGCUCAGCAUCACCUAUGCUGUUCGGAAAUGCCAGGGAAUAAAAAAAACGGAUGCUUUCUCUCUCUGUGCACGCAUGUGUCUGGUUGUGUUAGUGUUAAGAGAGGAUGAUGUUUUUAAAAAAUAAUACAAUGUCUAAUGCACAAAGACAAUAUGACUUUAAUGGAGACAAUCAAAAGCGCAUUCUCAAUGUGUUUACGUUCUGUUUUUGUAAUCGUUGUCUCACGCCUAUUGAAAGUGUUUACUGCAGGAUUUAAAUUUUUUAUCUGUAUCAUGAAAGUCAAUUCUGUGGAAAAGAAAAUAUAAAUAUAUAUAAAUAUAUAUUACAGAUGUUACAUAAAUAUGCUAAAGCGAUACGUCAAUUUAAUGCAACUUCUUUGAUUGUCACUUUUGUAAUUCGUUUUUCGCUUCUGAGCCCAAGUCGCAGGUUGAUGGUCUUUGGCAGGCAGAGUGAAUGACUGCAUUCCUUUUGCCUUCUUUGAGAGGGGGAGUCACUUCAUGUGCUCACUGACUAAGCGUUAUUCUCCAGUUUGUUUUUACUUUCUUUUUCUUGGAAAGGAAAAAAAAAACACUAAUGAAGUUUGCAAAACGGGCGAUCCAAACCCACACGUAAGUCUUAGUGGCACACAGUAGAUGGUCAUUCCUGGCCCAGCCUCCGGCAUACAUUGGUGUUUAAAACGGCAUGUGCAAAGUGAGAGUCAUGGUGCUAAUAACAUGUUGGAACACAUUGCUUUGUGAUUACUGACCCCUCUAUGCUUUAUUUGUAUUCUGUUGUAUGUUCGAGUGCAGGGAAAGAAGAGUAUUUUGAAUUCAGAUACGGGUAUCUCUUAUUGAUCACUUUCUCCACUUAGCUCUUUUUCAUUUUGACUGAGAACAUAAUUUUGUUGUAAGUUCUUCUUUGUAAAUGUUAUAGCUAUAAAACUGUAUAUUUUUAAAAUUGUGAAUCUGUAUUAUGAUGUUCGCUAGAAAUAAAAAAGAGCUUUAUAGAUUUAUAA